AUGCCGAGGACCAAGUCAAAUGCUGAUGCAGAUACCCGAGCAGGAGAACCUGAGGUUGUUGGGUCUAAUGAUAACGUGAAUGGGAAUAUAGAAAAUGACAAUGAGGAGUCAGUUGAGGAGGAAGUUGAAUAUGAGGAAGUAGAAGUGGAAGUGGAGGAGGAUGAAGAAGAGGAUGAUGAAGAAGAGGAAGUGGAGGUAGAAGAGGAGGUGUCUGAAGAUGAGGAUGAAGAACAUGUUGGCAAUGGUGAUGAGCAUAUGGCUGAUGCUGACAUGAAUGACGUGAAGAAAAAGCAUGCUGAACUUCUUGCACUUCCACCUCAUGGUUCAGAGGUUUACUUGGGUGGCUUUGGUCAAGAUAUUUCUGAAGAUGAGCUCAGAAGCUUUUGUGAAUCUGCAGGGGAAGUCACACAGAUCCGGAUAAUGAAAGGAAGGACCUCAACUGAGAACAAAGGAUAUGCAUUUAUCACUUUCAGGACAAAAGAGAUGGCAUCUAAGGCCAUGGAGACACUUAAUAAUAGUGAACUAAAGGGAAGAAAGCUGAGGUGCUCUUCAUCGCAAGAGAAGAAUAAACUGUUUAUUGGUAAUGUUCCAAAAAACUGGGAGGAGGAAGACAUGAGAAAGGCCAUCACCAAGUUAGGGCCUGGUCUCACUGCUAUAGAGCUCUUAAAGGAUCCUCACAACUCUAGUAGAAACCGUGGAUUUGCAUUUAUCGAGUAUUACAAUCAUGCAUGUGCUGAAUAUUCAAGAGAAAAGAUGUCAGACUCCAAUUUCAAACUUGAUGGCCUUACCCCAACAGUGAGUUGGGCCGACCCAAAAAAUGUGGAAUCUUCAAAUGCCUCUCAGGUUAAGGCUGUAUAUGUGAAGAAUUUACCAAAGAACAUUACUCAGGAUCAGCUAAGGAGCCUUUUUGAGCAUCACGGGAAAAUUACAAAGGUGGUUGUGCCCCCAGCAAAACCAGGCCAUGAGAACAGUAGAUAUGGAUUUGUUCAUUUUGCUGACAAGUCUAGUGCACUUAAGGUUCUGAAGAACACUGAGAAAUACGAGAUAGACGGACAAGUUUUGGAGUGCUCCCUUGCGAAGCCACAGGCUGACCAGAAGUCUUCUGGGCAACCAAGCACGCAGAAGGCAGCACUACUUCCAAGCUAUCCACCUCCUAUGGGAUAUGGCAUGGUCGGUGCCGGCUAUGGUACUUUUGGUUCAGGAUUUGCACAACCGCUGGCGCCUUCUGGCUUAGCAAUGUUGCCAAUGCUUUUGCCUGAUGGAAGGAUUGGAUAUGUACUGCAACAGCCUACAGCACAGUCACACACUGUUCAGCCUCAGCCAAUGCAAAGAGGUGGUGGGAGCGGCGGGGGCACAAGAGGUUCAGGUGGAGGAAGACGGGGAAAUGAUAGAGGUCGUGGACGAAGCAGAUACAACCCCUACUAA